AUGGAUGACAAAGAUUUCGAGCGUGCGCUGGAGCGUGUGUUGACCAGUCACGUGGAAGGUCAGUUCAUAAGUAAGCUCGAUCACAUCCUCACGAUCAAGUUCGAUGAGUGGUCUGCUCAGCAUCGUGCUGCUCAGGAACAGAUUCUUGUGGCAAUUCAAGGGAUCCAGUCGCAGAAUGUCUUCGGAGGAAGGCGCAAGAGCGAGCGCCAUGUGCCCGCCGAAAGCUGCUCGAUGCCGUUCUAUGGGCCCAUUCUGUAUUCUAUCGUGUACUCUGGACAUAAGGAGUUAAAGACGUCCGCGGCAGAGAGCUUGUUUUUUCAAUUGAAAGGCACCCAUGCGCUGGCAUCAGCAGAUUAUGCAUGA